AUGUUUGUUCUUCCGCCUCCCCCGCGAUACCCUUCGCACGGGGGCGCUUACGGAGCCAUCGGCGCCGGCAUCGCUCCCAUGAUCGAGACAAACAACAUCCUCACCAACCCCGAGGGCCCGGAAUACCAGUUCCUGGUCGGUGAGGGCACCUACGUGCUAAAGGAAGAUCUGCACCUCGCGACACCGCCGCCUCACCCAUCCGAAGCCCCCGUCGUGAACCCGAAUCCUCUUGCGACGAGCCCGCAGCCCGCAACCGCCGGGACCAAGCUCUCCCUCAUAAGCCUCGAUUUGCGCGCCCCGCCGCCCUUCUUCUACAAAGGUUCCUCCGCCACAACGUUAUCACUGGGAGGUGACAUACAAGAACACCCCAACGAGGGCCGAUACUCAACCGAGGCUGGGCUCAGCAGUGAUGGGGGUGGAGGCUCUCUCAGCGACGCGCCCCCGACGUCGUUGACCAUGGUGUCUGCUCCGGCGUUUGGCGACGGCAACACGGCAUUGGCACCGGCCAGUACCAAGGAAGCGGCCAAGAAGAAAGUGGCCAAACCCAAGAACAACAUGACUAAGAGCAACUCGUCGUUCAUCUCUAGAGUAAUUGUCAACGAAAGUUUGACCAAAAAACUACAGGAAAGGCCUACAGACGGUGUGUUUGCUUUUGCCAACAUCAACCGGGCGUUUCAAUGGCUGGACUUGUCGUCGCCAACAAAGGCCGACUAUUUAACCAAGAUUUUGUUCACCAAGGCUCACUGCCUCUGCCACGACGUCAAUCCAAUCACCAAGAACAUCGCACACAUUGAUGUCAUCAUGGGGUUCUCUACAGGUGAAAUUAUCUGGUGGGAACCAGUUUCGCAACGAUACACUCGUUUGAACAAGAACGGCAUCAUCAAUGGCACACCCGUCUCUGAGAUUAGGUGGAUUCCCGGCUCCGAGUCCCUCUUCCUAGCGGCGCACAUGGACGGUUCGCUGGUGGUAUACGACAAGGAUAAGGAGGACGCGCAGUUCUCUCCAGAGGAUGAACUAGCAACAAAUGGAUCAACGAAUGGAGAGAGCGAUUCGACCAACGGCGUCAACCACAACCUCAAGAUCCAGAUCAACAAGUCUGUUCACUCCAAGAAUCAGAAGGCCAAUCCGGUGGCAUCAUGGAAACUGUCGAACCAGCGCAUCAAUGCAUUUGCCUUCAGUCCGGACAACCGGCAUCUGGCAGUGGUCUCGGAAGAUGGCUCGCUGCGCAUCAUUGACUACUUGAAAGAAGAACUACUUGAUCUCUACCACUCAUACUACGGCGGCUUCAUCUGCGUCACGUGGUCUCCGGAUGGUAAAUACGUGCUGACAGGAGGACAGGACGACCUGAUCUCCAUCUGGUCUGUCGUGGACUCGGCCAUCGUAGCGCGCUGCCAAGGUCACCAGUCAUGGGUGACAUCGGUAGCAUUCGACCCGUGGCGCUGCGACGACAGAAACUACCGGUUCGGAAGUGUUGGCGAGGAUUGCAGGUUGUGUUUGUGGGAUUUUAACGUUGGCAUGCUGCACCGUCCCAAGGCGGUACGUUGUCGGCUCGAGUCAGGCGUCGAAGAGCGCCAGGGACACAGGAAACGGGAAAAUCUGACUGUCGAGAUAGGCUUCCGUCCAUCACCGGGGCUCCGUGUCCUCACGCGACAAGAAACAGCGAACACUUCGGCAAGUCGAAUUCGGUCCAACUCUACGCUAUCUGGAGGCGUCGUGGACGAAGAAGGCAGCAUCGUCCACCCCGUCGAGCCUCGCGCGAGAAUCGCCAUGCUCCCCCCUGUCUCGGUAGAUUGCGCUUCGACCUUUCCAUUGUCAGAGAUAAGAGAAUCCAAAGCAGUCGAUACCCACCCACUCUGCUGGCUUGAAUUCACAGAGGAAUCCAUCAUCACGAGCUGCAAGAACGGUCAUAUCCGGACAUGGAACAGGCCGAGUGACGUCCCGGUACCGACAGAGGGUGCAUCCCAACCAUCCUAG